CAAAAACAGUCCCGGAGCAGGUGACCCUGUGACACUGAGUUCUUUUCUGUGAACAGAUUCCUGCAGUUCACACUGAUGAGCAUUGUAAUUAUCACAGAGGUGUGGGGGAACCAUUGUUAAAUAAUGUGAUUUGUUUUAUAAUCCGUCCGUGGUCUGAUUGAGUCUGAGGGAAGUUCAUGUCAGAGAGAACACAUCAGAUAUCGUCAGACACAAACUCUUUGAUCUAAUGAUCAGCAGAUAAUGAAGGUGAAGAGGUGCAACACAAGUCCAGUUAACCAGCUUUCACUCUAACAACUAGUUGUAGUUGUAUUAAUAGAGGGGCAAGAGGACGGCUUGCAUUAGCCACUUGUACAGACUGUGCCAUGGAUCAUGUGCUGAACAUUGCUGAUGAUUCCAUCUUCACUCCGUAUGUUUACCCGGCCUCGUGGCCCGAGGACCAUGCCCUGCGUCAGAUAAUCAGCCUGUGGGUGGUCACCAACCUGGGAGCAUUCAUGAUUUACCUGGGCUUUGGUGCUCUUAACUUUUAUUACGUGUUUGACCAUAAGCUCAUGACACAUCCACAGUUCCUCAAGAACCAGGUAAAAAAAGAGAUUCAUUUAUCCAUCGUGUCCAUCUUCUGGAUGAGUUUCCCCACAGUGGCCUUUUUUUUCUGGGAGAUCAAAGGACACAGCAAACUUUAUGACGACAUCAGCGACUCUUCUCUGGGCUGGACUGGAGUGUUUCUGAGCAUCGCUGGUUUCUUGUUCUUUACGGACAUGUGUAUCUACUGGAUACACCGAGCCUUCCACCAUAAGAAGAUCUACAAGCACUUACAUAAGCAGCACCAUAUAUUCAAGAUCCCUUCGCCUUUCGCCAGCCAUGCCUUCCACCCACUGGAUGGCUUCCUGCAGAGCUUACCCUACCAUGUCUACCCAUUCAUCUUCCCCCUCCACAAGGUGGUCUACCUCUCCCUCUUUGUUUUUGUCAACAUCUGGACCAUCUCUAUACAUGAUGGAGACUACCGUAUCCCCAGCCCCCUGAUAUUUCUGAUCAAUGGUGCUGCUCACCAUGUAGACCAUCAUCUCUCCUUCAACUACAACUACGGACAAUACUUCACACUGUGGGAUCGCAUCGGGGGCUCCUACCGACACCCUACGGCCCUGCAGGGGAACGGCCCACAUGACCACAUUCGCAAGCUAAUGGCAGAGGCUGCACACGCUCAGUGAUGACGGAGCUGCAGGCAGGAAUUUAAACCCUUCAGGGAUAUUCCUGCUAAGAUGCUCAGCCUGGCCUGACACAAGAGACGAUAGCAUCAGAUGAAAACAGAGUU